AAAUAUUAUCUUUAAAAAAACUGAGGUUGAUGACAUCAUCAAGCCGGGACAGCGAGAGUGUCUCUGGAUCUGUGUCGCUUAAAGCGGAUUUAGGGAUUAGAAUCUAAAAGACUGCAGCUAGCGGUUGUUCUGGUGCUUUAUUGGGAUCACUCCGAAUCGGCAAAACCUUAUAUAGAGUUUAUACCGAAGAAGUGACACGAUGCGAGCCGGAAAACGGCAGUAGACGACGGUAGAGGCUCAGCAGGCUGGUUACCUUGACAACGGUCUCCGUCUUUUGUCGAUAAAGUUUGACUUUACUGUCUUGCUGCCAUGACGUCUGUGGAGUCCGGCGCUGAUGGAGGGAGGUGGCUGGACGCCCACUACGACCCGGUGGCCGGUCUCUACACCUUCUCGUCCUGCGUGGACUUGGCAGACCUGAGUGGGGACGGGGAGAACCGCCUGGUGGUGGGGGACCUGGGCACCGGCUCGUCUGGCAUGAAGCUGAAGGUGUACCGCGGCACGGCACUGAUGAGCGAGAACACGCUGCUGGACCUGCCUGCGGGCCUGGUGGCCUUCUUCAUGGACCUUCACGAGCCGCGCAUCCCCACCAUCGCCGUGGCGUCGGGGCCAUGCAUCUACCUGUACAAAAACCUGCGGCCGUACUUUAAGUUCACGCUCCCCAGCCUGGAGGUCAACGCGCUGGAGCAGGACGUGUGGCAGCAGGCCAGGGAGGGUCAGAUCGACCCCCUGACUCUGAAGGAGAUGCUGGAGAGCAUCAGGAAGAAGGCCGACGUCCCGCUGUCCAUCCGCUCGCUCAGGUUCCUGUCUCUGGAAGCCGACGACCUGGACGAGUUUGUCCAGCUGCACAAGCAGCAGCCAAUCAAGCGGCAGACCGUCAUCACCUGCAUCGACACUCUGAAGAAGAGCACAGCAGACGAGGACGGCGUCAGCUGCCUGGUGGUCGGAACAGAGAGCAGCGAUGUUUUCAUCCUGGACUCGAAAGCCUUCAUCAUCCUGUCUAAGAUGUCGCUCCCAGCCCCUCCCACCAUGAUGGACGUGACGGGUCAGUUCGAUGUGGAGUUUCGCAUCACAGCGGCGUGCCGCAACGGGAACAUCUACAUCCUGCGCAGGGAGUCGGACAAACCCAAGUACAGCGUGGAGCUGUCGUCCCACCCCGUGGGGCUGGUGAGGGUCGGGAAGAACGUGCUGGUCGGCUGCACAGACGAGAGUCUGCAGGGCUUCACUCAGAAGGGGAAGAAGCUGUGGAAGAUCGUCCUCCCCGCCCCCAUCACCACCAUGGCCCCGAUGGACCUCCCCACCAGAGGUUUCCAGGGGGUCCUGGUGGGCUUGGCUAACUGUGAGGUUUACCUGUACCGGGACAAGAACCUGCUGAGCACCAUCAAGACCCCAGACGUCGUCACCAGCAUCUGCUUCGGCCGGUACGGCCGAGAGGACGGCACCCUCAUCAUGACCACCAAGGGAGGGGGCUUGAUGGUGAAGAUCCUGAAGAGGACGGCGGUGUUUGAUGACCGCGACAGCGCUCCUGGACCUCCCCUGGCCCAGAGCAUCCGGCUCAACGUGCCCAAGAAGACCAAGUUGUACGUGGACCAGACCCUGAGGGAGCGGGAGAGCGGCGUGGCCAUGCACCGCGCCUUCCAGAUGGACCUGAGCCGCGUGCGUCUGGCCGCCACCAAGGCCUACGUGAAGGCGCUGGAGUCCAGCCUGACGCCGAUGUCCGCCAGCCUCUCCGAGCCUCUCAAGAUGAACGCUGUGGUCCAGGGUCUGGGCCCGUCCUUCAAGCUGACGCUGCACAUCCAGAACACGGCGGCGUGCCGGCCCGUCAUGAACCUGGCCAUCAGCUUCCUGUACGACGAGAAGCUGUACCGCAUCAGGGACCCGUACAUGCGGAUCCCCCUGCUGGUGCCCGGACUCAUCUACCCGGUCGGGACCUUUGUGGACUGCACCAACGACAAGGGCGUCGCUGACAUCAUCAAGGUGUUUGUGCUGCACGAGGGGAAGAGCUCGCCGCUGCUGACCGCCCACAUCAACAUGCCGGUCAGCGAGGGACUGGCCAGCUGAACCGUCAAUCACGAGGUCUGCUGAGACGUCCUGGAGUCCUGAUCCCAGAGACUUUGAAGUUUAUGUAUUUGCUGCUUCUUUCUAAAACAAGUUUUUUGUUUUGUAUUUAAUGGUAAUGAACUGAAUCUUUACAACAGUCUGUAUUCUCAUGAAAGAUGAGUGAACACAAGAGGGAAUUAAAGGUUGUUGUAGAAACAAAACAGCA